AUGACUGUGAUUGUAGACGAUGAUAAAGAAGACAGUCCUAUCAUUUUGGAUGAGCUGGUAAGCCAGAUAAAAGAUGAUCGGCGUCUCGUCAUUGUUUCAUCACGGGGAAUUAACUGCUUGUACGACAAAUACAAAUCAUCUGACGUCUCCGAUGGCACCUGGAAUGAUUUCCUGGACAUCAAAGUCAGACUGAACGGGGACAGCUACGAAUGCCACCUGUGGGACCUGGUGGCAGGAGUCGAUGCUCUCAAGUCGUUGCUGGACGAAAAGCCGGCGCUCUUGCUGGCUCUGGCACGGCUGUCGCAACCUCUGAGGAUGGGCCGGGAGCUGGAAACGUUGCCAGCACACUACGUAACAAGAGAGUUGGCGGACCAGAGGCUACUGACGGACGAGUUCUUCUCGUCUCUGGAUAGGAUUCGCGAGUGUGAAAGUAAACAGCGAACAGUCCAACUCGAAGCACUGAACACUGGUAGAAACACAGUGAUCGUGGUGGGCAGACCCGGAGUGGGCAAGUCUAUGAUGCUGUCGUAUGUGGCGAAGAAAAUAAAAGAAAGGGUCCCCGCCUGUUGGCUAUUAAGAGUUAAUCUUUUGGAGUUUUACACGGUUUUAGAGCACAGUGAUAGCGACGAGAAAGCUGUGGAAGGCAUCUUAAGGGGGUCAGUCUUUAGGAAGGGCGAGUUUGGUGAACUGGAGUACGCACUACUUCGCUACAAUUUGCUAGAGUCCCCAAGAGUGGUCUGUCUCGUGGAUGGCUUCGACGAGGUGUGCCCAGAUUACAUCAGAAGGUGUCUCGGGGUGUUGCCUCUGCUGUCACCACGCGAGGGCAGGCUACUGGUGACGACGAGGCCAGAAACUGUCAAGCUCUUGAAGGCUCAAAUGGGUGUAAAUGCACACCCACUGGAGCCUUUCAGUAACCCAGAGCUAAAAGAAUUCUUCAGACGCCACUCCUCGGCGGGAAACAUCCAGCGCUUCCGUAGUCUUAACAAGGGCGUGAGGAAUCUUCUGAGAACCCCUCUGUUUGCUGAAAUGUUUGCAAAUCUGCCUCAAGAAUUGGGUGAGAAAUACGACAUUGUGAUGCUGUACGAAGCUUUCUUUCGAAAUAAAUUCAGGAGGCUUUACGAGGAGAAAUAUGGUGACAACUUUUCCGCUCCUGGGAAGAAGAUAGAAGUGAAGGAGGCACAGAAGAAACAUGAGGAACAGUUGAUGCUCCUCGCAGCAUCCGUUCUGUUGCGCGGUCUAGACAUACCGGUAAAGCUGUCAUUGAAGAGGGACUACUUCGUGAAGGCCGGAAUUGUGUAUCAGUUUGUCGAUGGGAAGCCAGCGUUUCUGCACAGGACAUUCGCCGAACACUUCCUCGCCAAAUGGUGUUUCCUCGGGGAUGGAAAGCAGAGUCGUGCGGCACUGUACCGCAAGGCCUACGUGCGCAAUCGACUCGAGUUCUUUGUGGAGUCCUUCAACCGCAGGGCAGCGAGGGGCCGGCCGCUGCUGGAGGCGGUACUGGACGGCGACGAGGGCCAGGUGAAGGCGCUGAUGGCCGAGGGUGCCGACCCCGGACAGACAGAUGAGUGCGGCCGCAACGCACUGCAUCUGACCGCGGCCACCGACACGGUUGGCUACGGUAGGGGCUUCUCCAUCCCUGUGCUGCGGCGACUGUGGGGAGACGUUUGGGAGGCCACGUUGUCUGCUGUGGACGGCCUGCUCGGGUGGACUCCCGUGAGGUACGCCGCUGAGGGUGGACGCUGGUUCGCCUUGUACAAGCUGCUGUUGGCUGGCGGUGACCUCAGCCUCCUCGGGGACUUCCAGGCGGGGCUGCACGACCCUGAAACGCUGCAGGGCAUAUUCGAACAGUAUGGAUACUGGAUGCUGUACCAGCAUGUCAUCGAGGGGAAACAUCCCGUAAAGGAAAGCAUGGAAGAACAAAUCGAGUUUGCUGUAUCCUUGAUCUCUGCAAAGGUGCGAAGAAAAUGUCUCAAUCUCAUCUGCCACAAGGCCAGGAAGAAAGGGCAUUUGACGGUGUGCAGUUUCCUCCUGGCAGUUGAGAACUUGAGAAUUUCAGAAGAAGUUAUGUCUUUUGGCCAGAAGAGAGAAAGCAGCAGUUUGAGCCACAGUUCUGCUACAGAGGUUCCAGAUGGUGGCGCCACACCCCAGACAGACGUGCUGUCUUCAGCGGCCACCAGUGGCAGUGGGCGGUCAGAGGCACAGAACACGGGGACAGACGAAAGUGGCAUCGACUCUUUUCUGAGUUACUGAGCCAGCUUCUCUCGACACAAAUAACGUAUCUUAUGUCAAAGAGAUACAGGGGGGGAAAACUAUAUUUGUAAAAUGAAGUACACAGUGUUCCAAAAAGAAUAACCUGAUUUCAAAACUCAAUAUUUAUUAAUAAAAAUAUACUACAAACAUGGGAUUAACAGCAAAAUACUCAAAAAAUGUUAAAGUUUUAGCUAAGCUAUUACAAAUGCCCUAAGUGUCCAGCAGCAGCUGUGCAAGCAAAUCCAGACAAUUGUUAAAUUCGUCAUAAACUUUACACAACGUAUCUGCUUUUACAGAAAUACGGCGGCUGUUAUUCUGUUCUUCACUUCUUCUGUGCCACGAGCUGGAGGGGAAAUGAACACACUUUCCUUCACACAUUCCCACAAGACGAAACCGCAUGGAGUCAUGUCUGGCGAUCCUGGAUGUCAAGAAUGCAGGGUAGUGUAUGACGGUCCCAUGCGCCCUAUCCAGCGUUGGGGCUGAGCGUCACUGAGGAACUGAUAUACGUUGUUGUGCCCUGUGGUGGAGCUCCAUCCUGUUGGAAAAAUGGUUCAAAUGGCUCUGAGC